AUGGAAGAAAAAUUAAUAGAAGCCGUUAGACUUCGUGAACUUUUAUAUGAUACUAGUCAUGAGGACUAUAUGAGGACCAAAUUAAAGACUGAAAAGUGGAGUGAAAUCGCUAAUGAAGUCGGUAUGAAAACUGGAACCGAAGCAAAGGCGUUAUGGGAGAAAUUAAGGCAAUCCUUAAGAGACGCGAUUAGGCGCCAACAAAAGAGUUACAAAAGUGGGGCACCAGCAAAAUCCAUCAAGGAAUGGAGGUUCCACAAGCAGAUGGGGUUCCUGCAGCCCUACAUGGCUAACAAAUCGAGGGAAGGAAACCUCCCUGAAGAAGAUGAUGUAAUCAUGACCCAAGAUUCCACAGAGGUGGACAAUGAAACUGUGAACAUACAAGACGAAAGAGUAGGAGAUGAUGAAAUACAAAUUCUUCCAGAUAACUCAGUUUCAGUGCCACCUUCAUCAACCUCGACAUUAAAGACGACUCCAAGAUCAACUAAAAAAAAAUAA